UAGCGGUGUGACGUCAGAGGGAAAUUCCGGUGUGCAGGACACAAAGUGUGUCGUCACAUGUUCGAUUCCGCGGCUCGAGCUUCUCUUUUCUUCUCGUGGAUUAAAUUAUGUUUUUACAAAGUGUCGCUGCUGCACGUGACGCGCUGAAGAGACUCAAGUGUUCGCCCUAACCAGGUGACCAGACUCCAGCUCCUGAGGGGCCCCGGGGCCCUUUGCAGACACGAUGGCUGGAGAUGACCCCUACCUUCAUUCUAACAACCAGAUCUUCGACACCAUGAUCAUGGAUCCAGCGUGGGAGUAUCAGCCCUUUGCUGCCAUGUCUCAGACCACGUCCCUGAGGACAGCGGACGGACCGUUCCUGCAGAUCCUGGAGCAGCCGAAGCAGCGAGGCUUCAGGUUCAGAUACGGGUGUGAAGGUCCGUCUCACGGCGGCCUGCCAGGAGCGUCCAGCGAGAAGAACAGGAAGACCUACCCCACCGUCAAGAUCGGGAACUACCAGGGUCCGGCCCGGGUUGUGGUCCAGCUUGUGACGGCGCUCCCCAGCCUCCCUCAGCUUCACGCUCACAGUCUGGUGGGAAAACAGUGUGACAAAGGAAUCUGCAUCACGGACCUGCAGCCCAAAGACUCCACCAUCAGUUUCCCAAACCUUGGGAUUCUCCAUGUGACGAAGAAGAACGUGGCGAAGACUCUGGAGGAGAGGAUGAUCGAGGCGUUCAGGAUGGGAUACAACUGUGGCGUCUCCAUCCACCCAGAGAUCGAUGCCCUGCAGGGGGAGGUUCGAGUCCCACGAGAGCUCCAUGAUCACCAGCGCAGUGUGAUCAGCAGUGCAGCGUCUCUCCAGGCUAAAGAGAUGGACCUCAGUGUGGUGCGUCUCUUGUUCACGGCGUUCCUCCCCGACAGUAACGGAGGUUUCUCCAGACGCCUGGAACCCGUCGUGUCUGAACCGAUCUACGACAGCAAGGCUCCCAACGCCUCCAACCUGAAGAUCGUGAGGAUGGAUCGAACCGCCGGCUGCGUGACGGGAGGAGAGGAGGUUUAUCUGCUGUGCGACAAAGUCCAGAAAGAUGAUAUCCAGGUGAGGUUCUAUGAAGAAGACGACUCGGGGGUGACCUGGGAGGCGCUGGGAGACUUCUCACCGACAGACGUCCACAGACAGUUCGCCAUCGUCUUCAAGACUCCGAAGUACCGAGACCAGAACCUGCAGAGGCCGACCUCCGUGUUCGUCCAGCUGAAGAGGAAGUCCGACAACGAGACCAGUGAACCCAAGCCCUUCACCUACCACCCCCAGAUCAUCGACAAGGAGGAGGUGCAGAGGAAGAGGCAGAAGACUUUGCCCAACUUUCAGGACUUCAGCGGCCAUGGAGGAGGAGGAGGUCUGUACAGAGGAGGAGGUCCAGCAGCAGGAGGAGGCCCUGGCUCUGCAGGAGGAGGAGCAGGAGGUUCAUUCCAGGGUUUUACUACCUAUAACUAUGGAGGAGGAGGAGGAGGAGGUUUCUCCACAGGAUACUCAGCUGGUCUGGGAGGAGGAGGAGGAGGAGGAGGAGCCAUCCAACACGCGUCUCAGAGCGACACAGUGGACGACAACGACCCAGACCACGAUGACUCGGGGGCCGCGGGGGGGGCUUCAUCCCGGACUGGAGGCCUGGGAGGGGGGGGCAGUGCGGAGCCAGAACCAGACGCAGGCGAGCGGUGGGUCCAUGGGACCAGUCGACAGCUGGAGGCUCUCUUCCUCUUCUCUGUAACCGGUGACCCAGUUUACCUGCUGGCUCCACAGCGCCCCCUGAUGACGGCUAGGACGAGGACGGGGACACCGGGCUCCACCUGGCGGUCCUCCACAGCCAGCAGGCGGCGCUGAAGAGUCUGACCCAGGUGGUGGCUGCUCUGCCCUGGAGAGGAAGUCCUCAACAUGAGGAACCACCUGUACCAGACUCCUUUGCACCUGGCGGUGAUCACGCAGCAGAGCGAGGCGGCCGAGGCGCUCCUAUUGGCCGGAGCCGACCCCACGCUGACCGACCGCCACGGAAACACAGCUCUUCACCUGGCGUCACAGCAGGAAGGGGGAGGAGCUAUGGUCCAGAUUCUACUACAACACCGAGAAGUGAGAGGACUGAUGGAGCACAACAACACAGCAGGCCUGUGCCCGAUCCACCUGGCUGUUCUGGCCAAUCAGCUGUCCUCCCUCAGGGAGCUCCUGGAGGGCGGGGCCAACGUGGAGGCUCAGGAGCGCAGCUGUGGAAGGACCGCCCUCCACCUCGCCACGGAGACCGACAACGUGUCGCUGGCCGGCUGCCUGCUGCUGGAGGGAAACGCCGAGGUGGACUGCUGCACCUUUAACGGCUGCACCCCCCUCCACACGGCGGCAGGGCGGGGCUCCGUCAAGCUCACAGCGCUCCUGGUGGCGGCAGGGGCCGACCCGCACAAAGAGAACUUCGAGCCGCUGUUCUUCAGAGAAGACGAGUGCUGCCAUGACGACGCAGACGAGGACGAAGGCUACAUCCCGGGAACGACUCCGUUCAACAUGGCCGCCAGCAGCCAGGUCAUCGAGCUCCUCAACGGAAAAGAGUACGAAGCCAAAACUCCUCACGGAGCCGUGAGCCGACCACAAGGUGACCUGGCGAGCCUGGAUGUGGGGGUGAAGCAGGAAGUGUGUUGUGCCCUGGAGAGUGAAGGAUGCUGGGAGAAGCUGGCUCACAGUCUCGGCCUUGGGAUCCUGAACACGGCGUUCAGACUGAGCCCCUCCCCCGCCAAGACUCUGCUGGACAGCUACGAGGUUUCGGGGGGGACGGUCAGUGACCUGUUGGCUGCUCUGAGGUCAGCAGGGGAGUGCAGAGCGCUGAGCAUCCUGGAGGGGGCGCUGCGUCGCUCUGAGGAAACGCCGACGAGCGUCGAGUCCCGGCUGAAGGCCGACGCUCGGAUCGACAGCGGCGUCUGUGACAGCGGGGUGGAGCUUUCCACAGCGUAAGGACGUGAUUGGCCCGUCUCCAGCUGCUUCAUCAGAAGAAGCACAAUCAUCAUCAUCAUUCACGACGUCUCCAGGAAUGAAGGUUUCUCACAAGGUUUUAAAUGAAAUGUGUGAAACUGAUGAAAACGUCCACGGCUGAUUCUUGUUUCUCAGAAAGAAAAGUAAAUAUUCUUCGGUUUAGAGGAAUUCACCAAAACCUUCCAGGAGACUUUGAAUUCUUUCUGAUUCCUGCUCUGCUGACGGGACCGUUUCUGUCCAGACGUCUGCACCAGUGGCGGCUGGUGGUAAAAUGUAUUUUAGCUCACGCACCAACGUGGUUGUCCACUGUACCUCCGUGCCGACACUUUGAAACAUCAAACAGGUGAAGCAAUGAGAGGAAACCCCAGUUAUCACCUCUGUUCCUCAGAACAAGAGCAGGAGAAGCUCCGGGGGUUUAAACUCGUCUUCAUCACUUGCUGCUGAAUCUGUAAAUCAGGUUGGACCAGGAACCUUCUUCCUCUUUGUGUCUUGUUCGGUUGUUUUUGUAAAGAAAGAGCGAGAGCGGCAACAACCAAUCAAAGAGCAGCCUCAGGUCACAUGGUUAAGUAUCAGGACCAACAUUCACAUCCUCUCGUUCGGCAACAGGAAGUAAAUGUAUUUAGACAGAAAGGAACCAAAUAGUUUUAAAACAAUUUAUAUUGAAUUAUCACCGGUGCUGACGGUCGACCGGGAGCGUCGACCAGCAAAAUAUUACCAUAAUUAUGUGAAUCAUUUUAAUACAGGCUUCUUGUCUCAGGACGUCGCAGGGGGCGGAGCCCAGCGCCCGUAUUAACCAGCCGCCACUGGUCUGCAGAGAGACUGGUGCUUCAGACUCACAUGAUUGUAAAGUUCAGAUGUUUUUUUAUGUGUUAAAUCAACUGUGUCUCUCCCUGAGCGUCUGUUGAGUGGGUUCCACCUCCUGAGAGAAGAACUGACUGAGAGUCACAAACACAACCAGCUGCAGCUGAACUGAGAUCAGUUCAAAACACUCUGAAGUUAUUAAACCAGAGUUUAUCUCCAAGAUUCAGCAGGAAACUUUAAACGUGAGCUCGACUCAACACGUUGAGACAUUUGCAUGAAACCACCUCGACACUUAGAACAGAGGUAAUCACCACAUGUGGCUGCAGGGGGCGCUGUUCAUUGAAACAGCUACAGUUGAUUUAAUUUCACAUUUAUAAUGAAAACAUCUGAAACCAUUUUCUUUUGUCUCGUCACUGAAAUGUAAACAUGAACUUAAGGGACUUUAGUUUUUGCUCGAACCAAAGAGAACCAUCUUCCAGUGCAUUGUGGGAAAGGUAGUUCAACAGAUGCUAUUUAUCUUCUCUGAGCUCUGCACACUUCAACGGGAGCUUUUCAUUGGUUGUCUGUUUUUUUUUUAUAAAACUUGUUUUUUAUAUAAUUGACGGUUGUCGUCAGUGUUUUAUGAUUCAAUGAUUUUAAAUUAAAACAAUGCAGCCGUCA